GCUACAUGUUGAUACGCAGAAAGAACUGAAGCACGUGAGCAGCAGCAGAGAAAACAUGGCGGUGCCUCGGAGUGCUGCUCGUCUCUGUCGCCUGGCAGGACGGACUGUCCUCUCCCUGUCAGCUAGAAACAGGCGAGCUGUCUGCCUGCCGGCGAGGAGAUGCUACGUAUCCACCUCGACGGGGAGCAAUCUGCAGUUCAGGCUUGAUGAGAGAACAGCCCACAGCAGUCUGGACCUCUUCAAGAAAGACACAGGCAUCAUUUACCGCAUGCUGGGCCUGGACCCCAGCCAGGUGCAAGACAACCCGGAGCGUUUCAGAGACUGGGCCGUCGUGUUUGGAGAUGAGAAGAUAAACAGCGGACGACACUACUGGGAGGUGACGGUGAAAAAGUCUCAAGAGUUUCGUCUGGGUGUGGCUGAGGCGUCAAUGUCCCGAGACGACUGUGUGGGCACUAACAGCUCUUCCUGGGUGUUUGGCUACGCUCAGCGCAAGUGGUUCGCCAUGACCAGCAAUAAGAUAGUUCCCGUGACACUGGUAGGCAAGCCGGACCGUGUGGGCAUCCUGCUCGACUAUGAAGUGGGGCUCCUGGCGCUGGUGGAUGUCGAGAAGCCCAGGAUCAUCCACAGUAUCAGGGCACAGUUCAAGGCUCCUCUCUGCCCCGCGUUUGGACUUUGGGAUGGAGAGCUGCUCACACACUCUGGUCUGGAGGAGCCCGAAGGUCUAAAGUGAGGCAGGAUAAACCUUGAUGGCUGUGAUCAUGAUGGUUGUGACAGGAAGUGUGCUGGGUUUAGUACCAUGGCAACACUUACCACAACAUUAUUUUAAAUGCAGAAAGCAAUAUCUUCCAUUGGAAUCAUUUACAGCUUAACUGCAGUUGAUGGUUAAUUUUCUGAGGGCCAGCUGGUUCAUAAUCAUGACUCUUAACAAUGCAAGUUCAUACUUUGUGUAUGUCAUCCAGCCUCAGGCAAUCAUAUCAGAUAAGCUGUUUUUGUGUACCUCAUGUAUUACCUCUCAGACUAACUGACGUGACAAGGAUGAAUGGUUGUUUUUGAGAGGAACAUUAACUGCCAAGUUGCUCUUUUUACGCUUUGUGUUCUGGCAUUACCCACAGCACAAAACCUUUUUCAGUCUCGUGUUCAUAUUGUAUAUUGUUUUAAUAAAAUAACAUCACUGAAACCA